GUUUCAACAUCUUCAGCGCUGUUCACCACCCGGCAUCUCGACCUCCAACGCGAACAAUCUGUAAAAUAACCGAUCGAUGCACCUCCGGAAAUUCGUUAUUUAUUAGAAAUACACGCGAACAUCUCAUACAAUGGCCGCUAGUCCGGCGUCUCACAAGCCUAGGCGCAAGGGCAACAAGAACCUACUGUCUGAAGAUGGCGAGACGCGCAUCCGCACCGAGACCGUGGUUAGAGCACCAACAUUCCCGUUGGCGUCUUUCCUAUGGCCCAUGAGACCAUCACACUCGCAAUGGGAGGUGUUGCCUGUGAUCUUGAUGGUCGCUGGCCUGUUUCGAUGGGCGGCUAGCCUCUGGGGAUUUUCUGGUUUCGAGCGACCCCCCAUGUUCGGCGACUACGAAGCACAACGACACUGGAUGGAAAUCACCAAGCAUCUGCCCAUCUCCCAGUGGUACUUUCACGAUCUUCAGUGGUGGGGGCUCGACUACCCUCCCCUGACCGCAUAUCACAGCUGGCUGCUCGGCCAGAUUGGAAGCUGGUUGAACCCUGCGUGGUUUGCUCUAUUUACAUCACGCGGUAUCCAUGAUGACAACCUCAAGAUCUUCAUGCGCGCUAGCGUUAUUAUCUCCGAGUACCUGAUUUACAUUCCCGCCGUGGUCAUCUUUGUCCGCCGCUUCAGCCGUGUCAAUGGCCUCGCUACAUGGACCAGCAAUGUUGCCCUGGUGGCGAUUCUCAUGCAGCCGGGACUUAUUCUGAUUGACCACAUUCAUUUCCAGUACAACGCGGUUAUGCUUGGUCUCGUGGUUGCCAGCAUGUCGAGCCUCCUUGCUGAACGAUACCGCUGGGCCGCUGUCUUCUUUGUUGCGUCUCUUGGCUUCAAGCAGAUGGCGCUGUACUAUGCAUUCAGCGUCUUUGCUUACUUGUUGGGACGCUGCUUCUAUCCUCGUGUUAACAUUGGUAGACUCAUUGGCAUUGCCAUCACUACGAUCAUUGCCUUUGGUAUUCUCGUUUUGCCCAUCAUUCUGGGUACGCUGCACGACACACACCGCGGCAUCGAAGCUAGACCAGAACUCAACGGCAACCUCCCACCUCUUCCGUUGCUUACGUUCAUUACCGACUACGUUGACACCAAGGCGUGGUACUAUGCCAUUAUUGUCCAGCUGGUGCAGAUGGUCCAUCGCAUCUUCCCCUUUGCCCGCGGUCUCUUUGAAGACAAGGUCGCCAACUUUUGGUGCGCUGCCAACGUCGUCAUCAAGCUGCGUCACUAUCCUGCCGACCUACUGCAAAAGGCAGCCCUUGCCGCCACUCUACUGGCCAUUAUCCCGCCGAACAUCGUUCUCUUCAUGCGCCCUCGCAAGACGACCAUGCCUCUGGCUUUCGCCGCCACAGCCUGGGGCUUCUUCCUUUUCAGCUACCAGGUCCAUGAGAAGAGUGUACUUUUGCCAUUGAUGCCCAUGACUCUACUUUUGGCUGGUAAGCAGGGUAUGAAUGGCAACAACCGUGCUUGGGUUGGUUUCGCCAACCUCCUCGGUGCCUGGACCAUGUUCCCUCUUCUCCAGCGCGUCGACCUUGGCAUCCCAUAUGCUAUUUUGACGUUGCUCUGGGCUUACCUUCUUGGUCUACCACCAACGGCUUGGAACACCUCUUUCCAAGAGUCUACAUCGCCGCUGGUAAUCCAGUGGGCAACCUCACUUCUUCACGGAGGCUUCUACGUCUUGAUGCUUGUCUGGCACGUGGUGCAGGCCUUUGUCCCGCCACCUCUUAACAAGCCUGACCUAUGGAUCGUCGCCAAUGUUGGAAUUGGUGCUGCUGGAUUCAUGAUUUGCUACGCUUGGUGCCUCUGGAGAUUACUCGAGGAGAGUGAUCUGCUGCCUCGCCCCAGCAACAAGGUUAAGAAGCAGUAAGCUGCCAUACAAAACGGUGAUGCGGAGGUGAAGCUUAAUUUUUCCUGUACAUACUACACAUAGGGUUUCCUUCUGUUUUAAUUCAAAAUGCAUAUUUCUCUGGUUCACAAGUUGUAAUCACCAUCAUUCACAGUAAGACACGGACCGUUAAAGAUAAUUUGAAAAAAUCAUGGUUGCUUUUUUAUUUCCCAAAGCCUGGACCUAGACCACGCACCGAGCGUAUCCAGGCAUAAACCCUGGCCGACUAAUCCUCCCACGAAUUAUACAUGAUAGAACCGUCAUACAACCGGAUACAGACUUUUCCCAACUUCGUAUGCUUUCGUUAAAGUACAGACCCGAUAUGGGUUGCUUAAUCGAAGAGACCGAAGCCCAUGUCCUCAUCAGACUCCUCCUUCUCCUCCUCCUUCUCCUCAGCGGCGGGAGCGUCAGCAGCGGCAGCGGCACCACCGGCGGCAGCAGCACCACCAGCGGCGGCACCACCAGAGGGAACGGAAGCGAGCUUGGCGCUACCAGCCUCGAUCAACUAUUACAGAAACACAUGUUAGCCGUCUGCGUCGACACAGAUCUUUCUUCAAUUCGGAAGUAUAGCGUACCUCAGCGAGGGUCUUGCCCUUGAGCUCAGAGACGAUGGUGGAGAGACGGUCCUCAUCAGCCUCGAUACCGACAGACUCGAGAACGGUCUUGAUGUCGGCGGCAGAGGGAGACUCGUUACCGGCGAGGCCGAGAAGAAGGUAAGCGGCGACGUGCUUCAUUUUGAAUGUCUGUAGCGAAAAGGAUUCAGUUAGCUAUUUGCUUGGAUUUUUUUUCGCCAGUCUUUGCGCUGCCCAUGUGCCUUUAUGUGUCGUUGCUUGCAAUCGCGGCGUGACUCAAUGGCUGCCUGUAAUUGAAAGGCAACAGGCACAUGAUGCAAUGACUGUACUUGUCGACAUACAUUUGAAAGUUCGAGAGGAACACGAGAUAUCAAUCACUUUAACCGCGAGUUGGGGCGGAGACUGAGACUUCAAGUGUCGUUGGGUGUGGGAGAGAGAGAAGAUGGAAAUCCCGUGACGGCGAGGAAGUGGACAUAAGAAUUUUG